AUGGAUCCAUUGAUGCCCACAUUGUGCAUUCUGGACACAAGUGUGCCCAAGGAGAGGCAACAAUGCCUUCUUAAGGCAACGAAGGAGGCCAAGGCAUACAAACCAUCCACCCAAACCACAGAUGACCCCGAGCUGAGGGAUGAGAAGGCGGCUUAUAACAAAGCUACAAAGAGAUGCCUGUUGCUCACGUCAACGCCAACAGAGGUGCAGUGUCUGGGGCAGCUGAUCAUCACAUUUGGCAAAUACAACGGCAAAACUUUUAAAUGGCUGGUGGAAAAUGACGUUGGAUACAUUAAAUAUAUCCUUGAUUCCCACAUCAAAUUCAGCCGCCAACCUGAGAGAAGAGCCACGAAUAACGAGUGGGUUAAGGCUUACCUCCUUAAAUAUGUGCAGCUGUUUCCUCCGGUCUCCUGCCAUCUUGAAAUGUAUGUAGACAGGGCCAUUUACGGGCAGGGCCGCUUCAGGUCGUUUACAUUUCAAGAAAUGUGGCAGUGGUACAGUCUGCACAAGCGCCUUCAAGCUGACCCUCAAGCUGGAAGUGACCACGAGAGAAAGAUGGCUCAGGAGGCUUACUGCUCUGUCAGACAGUGGCUUGUCAUGAAAGAGGACGACAUCACCACUAAGUCCCUGAAGCGAUUCAGGCAGUACAUUCUUGAUAAAGAGAAACCUCAACAGGACAUAGCCCGUCCUGCAGCAACUGCCAUCUCCAGCACUGCCACUUCCAGCAACGCCACCACCAGCCCACCGCACACAGUGACUGCCACCACCUGCAGCAGACAGCACUUUCCUGCAACAAAGACACCUCGACAGGACGUAGCCAGUUCUGCAGCAACUGCCACAUCCAGCACUGCCAGCACACCGCACACAAUGACUGCCAUCACCUGCAGCACACCGCACACAGUGACUGAUACCACCUCCAGCACACAGCGUUUGCCUUUGAGCAAGACACCUCGACAGGACAGAGCCCAUCCUGCUGCACCUGCUACCUCGAGCACUGCCACCUCCAGCACUGCCACCACCAGCACACCGCACGCAGUGACUGCCACCACCUGCAGCACGCCGCACACAGUGACUGACACCACCUCCAGCACACAGCGCUUGCCUUCGAGAAAGACAUCUCGACAUGACAGAGCCCAUCCUGCUGCACCUGCUACCUCGAGCACUGCCACCACCAGCACACCGCACGCAGUGACAGCCACCACCUGCAGCACGCCGCACACAGUGACUGACACCACCUCUAGCACACAGCGCUUGCCUGCGAAAAAGACACCUAGACAGGACGUGGUCCUUCCUGUAAAAACUGCCACCUGCAGCUCAUCAGGGUCCAAAGGGGAUGACUUUUGGAUGGAUGAUUCUCUCCUAAUUGAAGCACUUGCUACCUUUGAAGGACAAGGGGAUGCAGGGGACAGACAAAUAGGAUUAGAAAAGGGCCAGUCAGGCACUCAGAAGCUACGCACCAUAGCACCAGCAGCUGCUCCUCCAUCAGCUACUGCUCCGGCUUCGACUCCUGCACCUGCUCCGGCUUCUGCACCAGCUCCUGGUCUUAAGACAUCUGAUGUGACCGUUGCAGAUGUAACACUUCAGCCAUGUCAGCCGGCGCUACCUGAGGUUACAUUUGAGGGCUGGCACAAAUUGUGGGAGUCUGUUGCACAUGGGCUGCCACAAGCAGAUUUAAAGUGGCUGAAGGAGGAUGAUGUCAGGGGCCUGUUCCAGAAGGCAACAUCAUACCAGGACAAACAUGGUCGUACGAAGUGGAGGAAAGUCCUAAAGGAUGACCGGAUGUGGUUUUAUCCCCCGGAAUUCCCUGGAGUGGUGGGACAGAGAGUUCCCUCGGCAGACUCUUUUUUUCACAGCAAUGUGUUUUUUUGGAGACCAGUAGGGGUGUGGCGGUACAGUCUUCGAUGUCCCAGGCCUGAGUGCCCGGCAAGUGGCAAUAAGUCUGCCUUUCUGUACCGCUGUGGUUACUCCAACACAGUCAGACAGAUCUGUGGCAUGUCUGGCUGGUACUCCAUGCUUACGGAGGUGCUGGCCUGCAAUGCGUGCAGGAAAGGUGCCAAGGAGUCAGAGGAGCAUUCCAUUGGCCGUUUCCUGUCAUGGGACUCAGGCAUCAUGGAUCAGCUCAGCCCAGCUCACAAGGCUAUGUUCCCUGCUGUGCUAACAUUACGGCGUGGUGUGGACAAGCAGGUGAUCCGUCUAAUGAGGGACCGCACUGAGGGCAACACCAUGACCAAGGUGUGGAGACAGGUGCUGGAGAGCCACUGUGAGGAGUACCUGCAGAGGAAAGACCUCUACACCACCCUCCUCAGCCAGUACAAUGAACCCGGAAAGAUCACAAGGAACUUGAGCAUGUCCUUUCAGCUACCUCCACCAAGGGCAAAGCUGCCAUGUCCAAGACUGCUGCGGAAGGCCUUCCUUAUUGCUGAGACGGACAACAUAGAGGACUAUCGUACUCAGAUUAUGUCCACGUUUGGUAAAGUGCUUAAGUACGACUCUACCAAAAAGAUCUGCAAGAAACUGUCUGGCCAUGGGAAAGGGACUGCAGAAUGGUGCACCAACGUGGCAAAUGAGGAGGGGCAGAUCCUCAUAUCUGUCUUGACGUGUGAGGAGUCCCUGGAGAAGCUGCGGCCUAUGGCUGAAGGCCUCAUGGACAGGUACACGAGAGCGGGAGAGGCACCUCCUGAACUGAUGUACGUGGACCGUGGCUGCUGUCGUGUCCAUGGGGUCUCGUCCUUGGAGCAGCUGUUCAGCAAAUGGGCAGAGGCUGGCAUGCUGGUACGGCUAGACAUUUUUCAUUGGAUACACCGAUUUGAUGCAGCUGUCAGAACAGAUCACCAUCCGAAAUAUGCCCUAUUCAAGUCUGCACUCUCUGCCGCCGUCUUCUCAUACAAUAAAGACGACAUGGCACUGCUCUUGCAGGCCAUACGCGCAGGACACUCGAGCCACUAUGACACCCUGACUGAUGGCCAGCUGAUCGACACAUACGUCACCAAGCACGAUCUCCGUCAUUAUGUCAGGAGGAUCACAGUGGGGGCCCAGGAGACUUUUGUACGAGUCCAACGGGCUAUCGAUGUCCUGAAGGGAGCAGCAGGGAUGGACGAGAACCGGGUCCAUCUGUUCAAGGACCCAGCAACAGUGGAUCACGUCUGGCAGAACCAGCAGAAACACCUAGAGUGUAUCCAGGACCCACCAGGGAGGAAUAUGUACACCGUUACUAAGUACAUCACACGUAAUGGUGUGCGUCUUGCGCGGUACAGGACAGUAAGAGGUAGCAAUAGCCUCGAAGGCUUUCAUUCCUUUCUGCCCAGCAUGAUCCCUGGGCCCCACUGUGCUGCUGUCCCCUUCCAGGUUUAUCUGCUGGCUGGGAUCGCACGCUGGAACAGCGACCGGGAGUCAGAUGCAGUCAAAGGCCAAAAGGGGAGGCAACACCAGGUCUACGUAUCACCGCUGGUCCAACGGCUCAACCAGAGGUGCCAAGAGCUUUUUGGGAGUGUGGAGGAGGUGAAUUACAGGCCGCCUGUUCCCCCUGGUGAUGAACGUAUUGGACUUGAGUAUCUGUUUGCCCAGUCGUCAGACUCUUUCAGCGCUUCAGACCAUUACGCACACACCAGAGAGAUGCUGCGUGUUGAUGAGGACGAGGAGGAGGAUGAAGCUUCUGCAGACCAGCAAGUCGAAUCCCUGGAAGAGGACGAUGUGGGCUACACCUCUGAUGGUGAGAGCGACAGUUUGGCUCCACUCAGGAGAAAUCUGUGCCUCACUAACCUGGUUGUGGCUGCAGAGCUAGAUCCUUGUGUGGAGGAUGUGUGUGGCCCAAAUCACCUCCCUGGGUACCAGCAUGUUGAGGAGCUGAGCAACAUACUUGUUGAGAUUGCGCUUCAGGAGGGAAAGCUUGCUCUGAGUGAGCCUACAAGGCAGAAGGUCAUCAGUGCCUGGAGCAAGCUUGACCUCCACGACCGGAACAUCCAGCAGUUUGACAGUCUCUACUCGGCACGCUGGGGCAAUGCGCUCUUCAGUCGCACAAAUGGAGAUCCAGCAGAAUCUUCCAUUGUGCAAAAGCUUAAGUUCAGCAAACGGUACUCGGCUGCCCACCUGCUGGACUCUAGGAAGAACCGCCUCAUGUACUGCUUAAUUAAACAGCUGUGGCUUCACCCAAACUGUGGAGCGAAGAGUCGUGCGUCGCCACAGAAACAAGAGGUCACCAGGCUGUACCAGCGUGUCCAGCAAAGGGUGACUGUUGAUGACCCUGUACUCAGCAAGCUUGGGAUUCCCAUCCUGAAAAUUAAUACCAAAAGCGUUGCUGAGUUCAUCAGGAGACAGGAGGCCUUGUCAGCCAGAAAUGUCACAGAUCAAGGCCUAUCCAUCCUACGCCGUCAGCAGUCUCUUUCUGGCACCAGCCAACCCCCCGCACUGGAGCUCCCUGACGAACGGCCCCAAACCAGCCGACCUCAAGUGCAGUACGAGUUCACUCCGUCUCUGGCAGGAACAAGGAGACUAAAACAGAGAGUCACUCGUAGUUUGCCUCCAACCUCCACUCAGCCACUGCUGUUUGCCCCCACUCAGCCACCAUCGCUUUCCCUCACUCUGCCAGCUCAGCCACAACCAAUUUCCUCCACUCUUCCAUUUUUAUCCACUCUGCCACACACCGUUGCUGCCGGACUCCAGCCAACCCACAGUCAGGUGAAGGCAGGACCCCUAACUGUGCCUCUUGCUGACCACCAUCGGCCACCGGCAAGGUCAACAGCCUACAAAAGGAAGAGGGCAGAGCACAGUGGGGCUAACCAAGAAGCCCCAGUUAGGCUGUACAUUUGUGUGCUGUGUGGCCUACCGACACAAGGUCACAAAAAGUACAAAAAAAAAACAUAUUGUGACAGCACAAAGUCAUCCCCCUCAAAAGGACUUGAUGGGAAAACUUUUGAGACAUUUGAAGAUUUUCAGAAGGCAGUGGACCUUGUUUUGAGUGACAAAGGGGUUGGGUUGUAAAUAGUUCUCUAUUUUGUUUUAUAUUAGCUUUGCUGUUCAAUAUUACUGUUCAUGUUCUACAGUUGUUGUGUUCCCCUGUGUUAUUUACUAGCUACACUGUGGUACUGUGUUCUGUUUAAGCACAAAAAGCUUGUAUAUAGUUUUGCUGAAAAAAGCACAUCUAAGCACUAAGGCCUGUGGCCCCUAAUCCACCUUUUUUGUAAGGUCAAAAUGGGUAUCUUUGAUUUUUUUGAAGUGUACAUUUGUGUUUAAGUGUUCAUUGUUGUGUUCAAAAGUGAUAUAUAUAUUUGCACAUAUUUAAAGGUUUAUUGCUGUGUAAUAAUGGCUUAUACUUUAACUUGUUCAUUGUUGU